CUCUCCUCUCCUCUCUCUUGGUCUCUCUCGCCUUUAUUAAUACACACAGGGUACAGCGCGCCGUCUUGCGAAAACAGAAAGGAAACCGAGAAAGAGAGAGAGAGAGAGAGAGGUAGGGAGGGAAGAAGAGUCACUCCACACUCCACACUCUCAUCCCCUGGUCCCUUUCUUGGAUCAUGAGAAACCGCGCAACAAAAUUGCAAUUCUAGGCAGCAUUUGGACCGGGGACUUGGCUACGUGGUGUUUGGCCAUGGAUCGCAGCGUGGAAUUAAGACCGGCGAGGACUCAGCGACGGAGGCACCCGCGUCAUUCCUACGCUUCUGUGCCCGUCGUCUUCUCGCAGUGAGAGAGAGAGAGAGAUCGACCAGGCGUUCACUGAAUUUUACUAGAACUCGGCAUGAAGCGACCCGGCGGUGCCGGCGGCGGCGGAGGCAGCCCAUCGCUCGUCACGAUGGCUAAUUCUAGUGAUGAUGGAUAUGGAGGGGUUGGGAUGGAGGCGGAGGGGGACGUGGAGGAGGAGAUGAUGGCGUGCGGCGGCGGCGGGGAGAAGAAGCGGCGGCUGAGCGUGGAGCAGGUUCGCGCGCUGGAGCGGAGCUUCGAGGUGGAGAACAAGCUUGAGCCUGAGCGGAAGGCGCGGCUGGCGCGCGACCUCGGCCUGCAGCCGCGCCAGGUCGCCGUCUGGUUCCAGAACCGCCGCGCGCGGUGGAAGACCAAGCAGCUCGAGCGCGACUACGCCGCGCUCCGCCAUUCCUACGACUCCCUGCGCCUCGAUCACGACGCGCUCCGCCGCGACAAGGACGCCCUCCUCGCCGAGAUCAAGGAGCUGAAGGCGAAGCUCGGGGACGAGGAGGCGGCGGCGAGCUUCACGUCGGUGAAGGAGGAGCCGGCGGCCUCCGACGGGCCACCGGCGGCGGGAUUUGGGUCGUCCGACAGCGACUCAAGCGCGGUGCUGAACGACGUGGACGCGGCCGGCGCCGCGCCCGCGGCGACGGACGCGCUGGCUCCGGAGGCGUGCACGUUUCUCGGCGCGCCGCCCGCCGCGGGCGCGGGCGCGGGCGCAGCGGCGGCGGCGAGCCACGAGGAGGUGUUCUUCCACGGCAAUUUCCUCAAGGUGGAGGAGGACGAGACGGGGUUCCUCGACGACGACGAGCCGUGCGGCGGGUUCUUCGCCGACGAUCAGCCCCCGCCGCUGUCGUCGUGGUGGGCCGAGCCCACGGAGCACUGGAACUGAAGCAAAUCCGGCGUAACCGCAGCCGAGAGAGAGAGUUGGAAAACACUAUGCCUGGGGGAAUAAAGAAUUCUGCAGGAAAGCAGGGUCUUAUCUGCAAUUUUGUAAAAAAAAUGGACCUCUACGUACUUCUCUAGUCUCUUUUGCCAAUUCUCGCGCACAUUAGCUGUAGCACUGCAGUGUAGUAAAAUCCUACUACUCCAUUACCUCUCCAAUUUCUAGCUCUCACUUCCCUACUUAAACUCAUCUGAGCUCUAAUGUAAGCAUAUGCCAUCCAAAAUGGACCAUAAAUAUGUCACUAGCAGUAGGAUGGUAAUUAGGACUUUUUGAGGAAGUCUGGCUGAGCAAGGAAGGGGACGACUCAA